AUUUCCCAGCUUGCUUCGGGACGCUGGGCCUGCAUUUCCCCCUAGAACGCUGGGAGUCCGGCCCCGAGCGGGAAUUGCGGUUGCCGAGGCUGAGUUGCAGCUGAUGCUGAGGGGGCAGUUGGUCCGACAGCUGGUCUCCAUGGCCGGCCGCGUCUGUUUGUCCCGGGCCAGCGCCGGAUCUGGGCCUGUUGGUCCCGUGGAAGCCGCCAUCCGUGCAAAGUUGGAGCAGGCCUUGAGCCCCGAGGUGCUUGAGCUGCGCAAUGAGAGCGGCGGCCACGCGGUCCCCCCCGGCAGCGAGACGCAUUUCCGCGUGGCCGUGGUGAGCUCCCGCUUCGAAGGACUGAGCCCCCUGCAGCGGCACCGACUGGUCCAUGCAGCGCUGGCCGAGGAGCUGGCCGGGCCUGUCCACGCGCUGGCCAUCCAGGCACGGACCCCCGCCCAGUGGAAGGAGAACCCUCAGCUGGACACCAGCCCCCCCUGCCUGGGUGGAAGCAAGAAAACUCGAGAAACUCCCUGAACCCCAAGAGAGGUGGAAGACCAGGAUCAAAAUGGGCUGGGAGAGAACAAAGGACCUUUUUCCUGACCACGCAGUAUGCCACGUAUCUAUCCCGUGGAGAAGACUGCGCAUGUCAAGUCCGCUAACUCGCGGAAAGAGCAGAUUCUCUCACUACAGCUCUUGCCCUGGGCUGUCCUGGAAGUGCUGCCUAAUUGCUCCUUGUUAAGUUAUAACUAAGAAACUGCACCAGACUUGAGUUACAAACAAUUCUGUACAUUAAAACAGAAAUUACCGUA